AGAGAGAGAAAAACCAAGAAGAAGUCGAGGAGAGGAGAGGAACAGUAAAGCAGCGAAGGAAGCGAGUUUGCUUGCGCGCGCGCGAGAUUCGUCGCCACCAUCGUCGUCUCGUCGAUCGGCGCGCGAGGGAGGGAGAGAUGGCGGUGGCGGCGAUGGAGCUACCGGCGGUCCGAGCCUACGACGCCCUGGGGAUCAACGAGACGUCCGUCAAAUCCAUGCCGUUCGAAAACCUGGCCACGCUGAUGCAGUCUCCGGCGACGCUCCAGGCCACCAAGGCGGUGCUCGACCGGUUCGAGAAACUCUUGCCUCUUCUUUCAUCGCCGGUCAUAAACAUCGAUCACCUCCUGAAACACCUUGGAUCUCCAAAGAAGAAGAAGACACCACCACCUGCUGCUGCUGCUAGCGCGUCUCGAUACUCGCUGAGGGUAGUCCUCUGCUCCUACAUGAUCCUGGCUCAUCCGGGUGCAGUGUUGAGUGGACAAGGGGAGAAGGAGAAGCUACUUAUGGAUUCAGCAGGAAGCUUUGUCAAGGAGUUUGAGCUAUUGGUUAAGACUGUGCUUGAGAAGCAAUCGACUGAUGCUGCUGCCGGUCAGAAAAUGUUCAGUGCUCAGCUGGCCGAUUUCGAUAGAGCAUGGUGCGCUUACCUCUACUGCUUUGUGGUGUGGAAACUGAAGGAUGCGAAAUCGCUGGAGGACGAUCUUGUCCGGGCUGCGUGCAAGCUUGAGCUGUCGAUGAUGCAGACGUGCAAGCUAAGUUCAGAUGGGCAGUCACAUAAUGGCCUCUCUCAUGAUAUGAAGGCGAUUCAGAAACAGGUUGCUGAUGAUCAGAAGCUGUUACGAGAGAAGGUUCAUCAACUGAGUGGCGAUGCAGGCAUCGAGCGGAUGAACUCUGCUCUUUCGGACACAAGGUCAAAGUUCUUUGAGGCGAAGGAGAACGGAAACCCAUUAGCUGCAUCAGUUGCAAACGUAUCUACUCCUUUGAGCAUUGGUUCGUCUGGAUCGAGCUUCACUGCCCAAUCUUUGCCUGGAGCUGCUUCAUCGCCAAGCAGUUCAUCUCUGAUGAAACAGCCGACGGACAAUGAGCAAAUGCUCAAUGAGAUGCUUCACGAGGACGAUGUUUCUUUUGGUGGCAACUCUGAUAACGUCAGUUCCGCGGAGAAGGAGUUUCAGGCCAAAGUGAAAUCGACGAUGGAGAAAGCGUUUUGGGAUCUGGUUACUGAUUCGAUGAAAGGGGACAAACCAGAUUAUACCCAACUAAUUAACCUCGUGAAGGAAGUCAGGGAUUCAUUACAUGAGUUGGCUUCCAAGGAGUUGAAGGAGGAAAUCCUCGAGAACAUUGACCUCGAAAUUUUGUCACAGGUGCUCGAGUCAGGCUCCCAGGACACGCGAUAUCUGGGGCAGAUUAUGCACUACUCCCUGGAUAUGAUCAGGAAACUAUCUGCCCCUGCAAAGGAAGAUGACAUGAAGAGGAGUCAUGAGAAAUUAUUGAACGAGUUGGCUGCAAGUUCCGAAGUUAAUGACAAUGGCAUCAGCUCCUUUGUCAUUGCUGUCAUCAAGGGCCUGCGUUUCACUCUCGAAGAAAUAAAGCAACUGCAAUCUGAAGUUAGCAAGGCUCGCAUCCAGCUCAUGCAACCAAUCAUAAAAGGCUCUGCCGGAGUGGAGUACCUGCAGAAGGCUUUCGCGGAUCGCUAUGGACCUCCUGCUAAUGCAUCAGCGUCUCUCCCUAUAACUAAGCAGUGGGUUUCGGCAACGAAGAGCAUCGUGGAACAAGAGUGGAGCUCACAUUUGGAGUCUCUCCAAGCUUUGCCAGCAGAUCAUGCUCAACGCGUUGUUGUUCCGGCACUUCGAGCUGGUCACGGUGCUCCAAUGGCUCAGGCUUCUUCGUCCGCAGCUAGCGGUUCUGGUCUCCCAGAAUGCAAGGGUGAGAAGAUCGACAAGCUGACAAGGGUUGGCUUGUUGCAACUUAUCAGCAAUGUGGAGGGCCUGAACAUGCAGUCAACCCCUGAGACCUUCCAAAUUAAUCUGCCGAGGUUGAGGGCUGUGCAAGAUCAGUUUCAGAAGGUGAUUGUGAUCGCGACGAGCAUUCUCGUCCUGCAUCAAGUUCUGGUGUCGAAGGUCGCUGCUCCGGAGCUGCAGAACGCCAUCUCGGAGCUCUACGACGCUCUCGUGAAGCUCCUCGACAGCAACCCCGACGCUUCGACGGAGGAGAUCGUGGAGGCGAUGGCGAGCUCUCUGGCGACGGUCGGCUCUCUCUCUCUGCCGGAGAAGCAGGCUCAGGCCACGGCGGAGCUCGCGACCAAGAUGCUCCUCAAGAGCCUCCAGGCCGGCGACGUCGUCUUCGGCAAGGUGUCCCGUACGGUCUACUGCGCGUUCCGCGGCGUCGUCCUCGGCGGCGGCGGCGUCAAGGGCAAGAAGCUGGCCGAAGCGCCGCUGCGACGCCUCGCCGCGGCGAAGCUCGCCGACAGGGUUGUCAAGGCCGGGGAGAUGCUGAUAAAUAUGGCAGUCAUAUCAGAGAAGGUCCAUGGACAAUGGUACAAGGCGCUUGCCUUGUGAUUAGCAGAAUAGGGUUUGUGUAGUUUUGUUAAUGUAUAUUACAAUACGGAUUAUGGAAUGUAAAUUUAUAUGGGUAGGAAAUAUUGGGCAUUUUGUACAUGAAUUUACAUAGGUGUUGAUUGGUAGGCUAAUUAAAUUUCAGUGUGUCGAUUCUGGGUGCAGGGCUAAUAUGGAUGACCCUCACUCCAGAAUUUAGUCGGUGGUUAGAUGUGCUCAAUUGCACCUGGGUGUAAGUUAAAUCUGGUGUAAUGUAUUUGCUCUGGGAACUGAAAUAAUGUGAAUAUUUAAAUUUAAAUAUUGUGAUGUAAA